AUGAACUUCUAUACAGGGAUAUCUACUAUAGCUUUAUUUAAUGUCAUCUUCUUACUUAUUAUACCCUUUCUUGUAAAGCUUAUUUACGGGCGAGGGCCAAAACAUGUUCAGAAUACUAGCAAAUUAAAGCGCAGAUUUCAGUCAACUAAAUAUAGAAAACUUUCUCAUCGUGACGAAUUUUUUUUAACACUUAUGCGACUUCGUCUUGGUAUUCUUAAUAAAGACAUUGCAGAACGAUUUGGAAUUUCUCCUACUACUUCUUCUAACAUAUUUUCCACAUGGAUUAAACUUAUAAGCAAUGUGUUAGGUAGUGCUCUUAUCGUAUUGCUUCUACAUGAAACUAUCAGGGAAAAUUUACCUAGGGUUUUUAAGGAUGCAGGAUAUUACAGGUGUUGUGUGAUUAUUGAUUGUGCUGAAGUUUUUAUUGAACGAAUCAAUGGCUUUAUCACUUUUUUAUCUGAUUGUUAUGGUGGAAGAUGUUCAGAUAAAUUAAUAACAAAAGGCAGUGGUUUUUAUGACUUGUUAGAGCGUGACGAUGAAGUCAUGGCAGAUCGUGGAUUUCAAAUCCAGGAAGAACUUUUGUUAGGAUUUUGUACUUUAAUAAUUCCUCCAGGUGCUCGUCUUAAAAGUCAAAUGAUUGCAUCUGAAUUUAAAAAAACUAAAAAAGUAGCAAACUUAAGAAUACACGUUGAACGAGUCAUUAAUAGAAUGAAAACUUAUAGAAUUUUAAAGAAUGUUUUACCUCUAACAAUUUUGCGUCAUGUUGAUGAUAUUGUGAGAGCUUGUGCUGCACUCUGUAACUUAAAACCUGUGUUGGUCAAUAAUUCAAGAGAUAAAAAUAUAAGAGCUCAAAGUCGAUAA